CCCCCAAAUUCACAUCAGUUAUCUGUGGAUCGAGACUUUCCUAUCACAUGAAAUGCUCCUCUAUUCCUAUAGAGGCGGGCUCAGGAUGCUUCCCGAUGAUGUUCUUCAUACUUCUACUCUGGAGCAAAAUUUUACCAAGGAUUGAGCUCUAUGUUUGGUUCUCCCAACAGAGGCUCACAUAUCACGGUCAUGCAAAUUCUCGAGAACGAUCUGAGCCGCAACAUGGCAUUGAUUUUUUCCGGAGUGAAAGCAGAAGUCUAUUUUGCCCUUCCUCUUGAGUUCCUAACCAUUGAUAAUUGGAGUCCAGUUGAGCUUUAUCCAAGAAUCGUCAAACUUAUGGCCAGAACUUCGGGGAGGACAUUUAGUGGCGAGACGCUUUGCAGGAACGAGGAGUGGCUUCAGCUUAACUGCGACUACACGAGGGAUGGUUUCCAAGCCGCCUUCAAAUUGCGAAAAUGGCGCCCCUUUCUUCGGCCAGUAGUGGAAUAUUUCAUACCGCAAGUUCAAAGGGUGUGUGCAGUUAACAGAAAAGCUUUGCUGCCGUUGCGUCCAAUCAUCAUGCAACGGGAGCAAGGCUGAAUUUUUCUAGGCUGGUAGCGGCUUGGCUGACCAGUGAAGGAUUGUGGCGGUUCUAGUAGCAGACUUAGUCUCUGUUUGGCAACCUUUGAGAAAGUACUGUUUGUGAAGAAGACCACACUCAAUAGUUAAGGUCUCGGAAACAUGAUUCAAGCAUCUCGAU